AUGGUAAAAGACUUGGAAGAAGAAGUCCCCAUAUGUAAUGAAGACAUUGAGAAUUUUGAGGAUAAACAAGAUGCAUAUAGUCAAUUGUAUGAGCAAUUGCUCAAACAACAAAGCAUAUUGCUAGUCUUGAGGGAUAGAGUCAACACAAGUGAGAAAGACCGAAAAGCACUACAUGUGAACUUAGUGAAGUCUAAUGCUCAUGUUUGUGAGGUUGAAGAAGAGAAGAAGUCUCUUCAAGAAAAAGUGAGCUUCCUUGAGAGAGAGUGUCAUGGGCUCGUCGAGUCAAAGAAGUGUCUAGAGUCUAAGUUGAUAAAAUUUGAUAGAGAUCUUCAUGAAUCACAACUUUGUGUUGAAAAUGAAGACGAAGCCUUCUACACUGACGCUAGAAGACAGAGCUUGCCUGAGUCUCCCGUGAAUAAAUGUGCAGAAGCUUCAAGAAAAUGGAGGAAGAAGGCGAUCCCUCUUAAAGUAGGAUUUUGUGGGUUUCAAGAAUCUCCUCAGUUUUGA